UUUUUUCUUUCUGAAGGAAAUCCAGUUGAAAUCCUAGUUGGUAUUUCGGUGGCAUCGUUUUCCAGCAUCAAGGAAGUGGAUAUGGUAAUACAUUUUAAACACUUCGGGCUGAACCCCAAUUUUCUUUAAUUUUAUGGUUAUGAGGCUUAUUCACGAAUAAGCAUAUCAAUUCUAAUUUCAUGCUAUAUGUAUCAUAGCAAUUCCAACAAAGCUGAUGCUUCGAGCCGGGUAAUAUUAUCAAUUAAGCCUGUUACAUCAGUGUAUUUUUAAAUACUUUUUUAGGAAUUCGGACUGGACAUGUUUUUUCGGCAGCAUUGGAAAGACCAAAGACUGUCUCAUAACUUGACUUCCAAGAUAACUCUUACCAUGGGAACUAAACACCCUGCGGAUUAUAUCUGGGUCCCAGACACCGUGUUUGUAGACGCCACCAAGUCCUACAUGCAUAAUGUAUUGACAACCAAUCACAAGAUCGAUAUCUCAGCCGACGGUCAGGUAGACUGGGGAACAAGGUUGGUGUGUGAAAUUUAUUAGACCUUUAUCUAAGGUGAGGUCUAAGUAGUGCGCCCUCGUGAACCAGCGUCAUUUUGGAGGGAAAAUGUAAUAGCCGUAGUCAUUCCACUACAGGUUUAAGCGAGAAUGUCUCAGUGGCGGAAACAAGUUUAUUUUGCGAUCAGAAGAGGGCUUUUCUCGACUUUCUCACAGCCAUCUGGCCAUAAAAUCCUUCUGAUGGCCCUUUUGGGUUUUUACAGAACGAAAUGACAGAUUUCUCUACCCUUUUAUAUUAUUCAACUAAAAUUCCUACCCUUUCCGGGGGCCUCCCCUUAGAGGCCAUUCUAGGGAUUCCCCCCGGGACUUAUGUUUUAUGUCUUGUGUAUAGAUGUAACUUAAAAUGACUGAACGCGGGGUGUCUGAGUGAAGAAAAUCUAUACUAACUACAAUAACCCUUUGUUAAAGAUUACCGUUCACACUCGGGUACUUAUAUAAUAAUAACUUGAGAUUAAAGAAGCAGGCUACCGUGGUUUUAACGUAACCACAAGUACUUGUGCGCAGUAGAUCAUAUAUUUGAAUGCUAUUUUGCGCCUAAUAGAUAAUAAAUUAUUAUUAUAUUACUAAGGCAGUGUUUAAUUUAUAUCACAGAGCAACUGUUCAAGCCAAGUGUCACAUGGAUUUUCGUACCUUUCCGUUAGACGAACAAAAAUGUACACUCAACAUUGUUAGCUGUAAGUAACAAAACUAACUGCCUUUUGAUUUUACAUUUGGUUAUACUCGGUUUUGUACGUCUCCUCUUGGGCAGCUUAUCAACUUCUUACCGACAAAUGCGUCGACAAAAAGACGUUUCCUGAAGAGGAACGUCUGAACAGGUCGGUAACCGCACAUUUUGUUGUUUCAUUUUCUUCCUUUCGCUAACAUUUUAUAGGCAGCUUGCUUGUUUUUGAGGGAAGUAAGGUGGAACCUGGUUAAUAGGGACACCAAAGGGACAUGACAUGGUGUCCGUAUUAUCCCGGUGUCCAAAUUAAGUGGGCUGUCAGAAAAUUCGUCACGGACAUGCACGUGAUUUAUUGAAGACUAAAGAAGGCAAAGAAAGAAAGAGUAGGAACAAUGACUGCAGCAAAAAGCUAAGGAAGCGAAAAUUGAGUAGCAGGAGGCGGAUAACUUCAAUAAAGGCUGGCACUACCAAAUAGUCAAACACAUUAAGAAAGAUGGGCGGACUCAUCAAAAUCAAACAAAUAUAAAAAGAAAAUCUGUCAAUAUUUAUUCAGGGUACAAUGUCUACAGCACAUGAUUGUGACAAAAUAGACAGUCAAGGGCAGCAAAUCAUCAUUUGCCGUUUCGGUUAGGUUCUUUGCAAAGAUAUUCAAUCAUAUAGAACGUGCGUUGAAAAACAGUGUCCGCAAACCGGGGCGGGGUUGACGAUAUAUGGGAGUUUGUGAUUCGGGACACAAGAAAUUGUCUGUUUUCCGUAUUAACCGAUGUCCGAAUUAAGCAUGUAAAUUUUAGAGAAAAAAUAUAAGCUUUUCGUCUAAAUAAACGAAACUUUUUAUUAUAUACAGGUAGUCGUAUUAAGUGGUAAGCGGGUGGCCGUAGACCAUGGCUCCGCUGUCUGUUGGGUACAUCCCCUUGCGCUAUCGAUGGCGCUUAUCUCAAGGGUGUUGACUAGAAAAAAAAAACUUCAAAAAAACAUAACAAAGGCAGCCUCGUUGCUGUUAAGGUAACUUAAACGUGUUUCUUUUUAGACGCAUACCCCACCCAACAUCUGAUUUACAACUGGAAGACACCAUCGGUCAUGGUACUAGACAAAGAAAUGGCGCAGUUUUUCAUGAAGGAUAUGACCACUGAUGUACAAAGAGUCCAGUAUGUCGCAGGUGAGUAGAAGUUUCUACAUUAUAACAAUAAUAAAAUAUCAAAGAUAAUAAUAAUAAAUUAAUUAAUUAAUUAAUAUGAUACUUUAAUUAUCUUCUCUCCUUGUGGGGAUUUUCAGAGAUAAUCAACAAAUAAUCAAAUAAUUUCAAUGAAACAACAUGAUUAGAAUCCCAACUGGUAGAAGACGAACCAGUUGGCUAUGUUACAAGCCUGUUCAAGGAAUUAAACUCGGCACUAUACUGGAAAUUGGUUAAUACGGACACCGACGGCGCAUGCAAUAGUGUCCGUAUUAACCGGGUGUCCGUAUUGAGCAGGUUAAUUUUAGAGAAAAUGUGACCUUCUUUUUUGUUGGGACAAACAAAACUUUCCGUCAUAUGUACCAGUGUUCGCAUUAAGCUGGUGUCCGAAGACACAUGGUAGAAAGGGGUUCAACUGUACCGAGAACAAAUCUAGCUACUCGUCAACACGAAACUUGACCUCGGGACCUCCGACUACAAGUCCGGCCCUCCGAACCGCUCGGCCAGGCUGCCUCUGAUUACAUCGAUCAGUUCUCUUUUGACUAACCUUAAUUUCAUUUUCCUAUCUCCUAGGAGAGUAUUCAGUUCUGCAAGCGACAUUCACAUUUAAACGGAGAAUGGGUUUUUACCUGAUUCAAAUCUAUAUACCUUGCAUUGCGGUGGUAUUUGUAGCUUGGAUGUCGCUGUUCAUUGAUAGUCGCGCGACACCCGCUCGUGUAGGUCUGUGCAUUACAACACUUCUCACCAUAUCAACUAUCUGGGGCGCCGUCAAUUCCUCCUUGCCAAGAGUUUCCUACGUGAAGGUCAUUGAUGUGUAUCUGAUGACAUCUUUCUUCUUUGUUCUCUGCACCAUGCUCGAAUAUAUUGGCCUUAUACACCAAGGAAGAGCAAAGGUAUUGGUAGUUUUAUGA